CUGAGUUCCUGAGUCUGUCAGUGAAGCACUGAGGUCAAGGGAAGUGAGCAUGGCCGCCUUGUUAAGAGGGAACUGGAGUUUCUAUAAAAGGUGCUCUAGACAUGUGGACAUUAUGAUGGCAUCCUGUAGAUCAAUGGCUUCUAAGACCCCAGUGGGUUUUAUUGGACUGGGUAACAUGGGUACACCCAUGGCUAGGAACUUACUGAAGCAUGGAUACCCUGUCAUUGCAACGGAUGUCUUCCCAGAAUCCUGUAAAGAACUCCAGGAUUCGGGAGCACAGAUCCUGGGUUGCCCUGCUGAAGUGGCAGAAAAAGCAGACCGCAUCAUCACCAUGCUGCCAUCCAGCCCCAAUGUCAUAGAAGUUUACACGGGACCAAAUGGGAUACUUAAGAGAAUAAAAAAGGGCACACUUCUCAUCGACUCCAGCACCAUAGACCCUGCAGUAUCUAGGGAGAUGGCUAUUGCUGCUGAAAAGACUGGUGCGGUGUACAUGGAUGCUCCAGUGGCAGGAGGUGUUGGUGCUGCCAGUUUGGCUAAACUUACCUUCUUGGUGGGUGGAGUGGAGGUGGAGUUUAAUGCUGCCAAGGAGCUCCUCACCUGUAUGGGAGCAAAUGUAGUGUACUGUGGCCAAGUGGGAACUGGACAGGCAACAAAAAUCUGCAACAACAUGCUAUUGGCAAUUGGCAUGAUUGGUACGGCAGAGACCAUGAACCUUGGAAUUAGACUGGGUUUAGAUCCGAAACUGCUGGCGAAGAUUCUGAACAUGAGCUCGGGAAGAUGUUGGUCUAGUGACACAUACAACCCCGUCCCGGGUGUCAUGGAAGGGGUGCCGUCUGCAAACAGCUACCAGGGAGGAUUUCUCACUACGCUGAUGGCUAAAGACCUUGGUUUGGCACAAAGCACUUCUACCAAUUGCCAGAUCCCAAUUCCUCUCGGGUCUUUGGCACAUCAGAUCUACCGCAUCAUGUGUGCUCGUGGCUACGCAAACAAAGACUUUUCUUCAGUCUUUCAGUUCUUACGGGAGGAGGGGCUACAGUAAUACAGUGCUGUGUAAUACAGAUGUAAGACACUGUCUAUGCAAAACAAACAUGAUCGGCAAGUUUAGUGUUGAUAUACAUGUGUGUCUGUUUUGAAAGUGAUGUUGACAAUGAGUGUUUAGCUUUAGUUGCAAGUUCUUCACACGUUUGUAUGACUGUUUUGCUGUUACUCAAAUAUAUGCUCGCUAGUCUGCAAUAGUUUACACUUAACACUAAUUCUUUUCCAUUUGAUGGUAAGAGAAAAAUCCUAUAUUGCUCACAUAGACCGUGUGAGGGCUUUUGAUUUUUUUAUACUAAAAUGGAUAUGUGGUCCUUAUUCUCACCGUGAACAAACGCUGCUAGAAAUGUUUAAGGAUCUCUAAGACAUACCUCAAACAGUACAUCAGUUUACUUAAACUAAUUCCAAACUGUGAAUUUGUUUUACCAAAAGUAGUUCCCUCCAUUUUCUGGAGUUUGCACGUCUUUACAAUAAAUGGACCUUUGUUUUAUACGAAACAGUUUAUAUAUUUAUGUAUUUUUGUAUAUUCUAUAGUUUUCUUGUUUUUUCUUCCAACUGUAAUUAAGUUUUCAUCUAAACAAACAGUGUUAAACCACCCUUAUGUGUCUGUACAUAAGUACACUAGUAAUGGUGCUGUAUCGGAAACUGACAAUAAUUGUUCAGCAUCUCUCUUUAUUAAGGUCCUCUUGAGACUCAUACUAAGAGAGAUAGAUGCCAAUACUCAUGUUGUGCCCUCUAAAUAUAUAUAUAUAUUUUUGGCAAUUAUUUCCACAAUAAAGAUAAAGUUAAACUCCUAAUUGAGUCUUUCCAUUGAUGGAUGAACUGAUUUUGCGCCUAAAGGUCAGCAGCUGACCUCUGUUUAUUGACUUUUGAUAGUGUACUGUAUGUAGCUCAGAUUCCUUGCUUUAGGAGAUGCUCGGGUCUGGAUGUUUGAUUGCAUCACAGUAUUGACAAUUGCAUGAAAGGUUCCUUAUAAUAUUUGUUAUGCCAUUUACUUUCUUGUGUUCCUGAUGGGCGAUUCUUGUGAAAUUAGACUUAUGAGGUGUAAUAAAACAUUUUGAUAAAAAAUGUAAAGUAAGAGCAUCAAAAUAAGAAGCAUACAAUUACAAACAUCUCUUCACAUACUAUUUUGCACAUGAUUUCAAACAAAAUCAUACAAACCAAUUUUGUUGUUUUUUUCCACAUUUAAGGGGAACAUUUUUAUUACCGCAACAUGUCUGGAUUUGGGUUAUUUAACAUGGAAAUAUUUAUAAUUAAAAAAUGUAAAAAAUAAAAAGCUUCAGUGCAUGUUAUACUAUAAACAUUUACAGUAAAGAAACAUGUAGUAUUUGGUGAUCAUUGGUAAAUGUAGAGACAAUAAUAAGGAAUAUAAAUGUGUCCAAGAAAAAUGUUCUCAUUCUUCUGUUCUCUGUUCUCAUUCUCCGCAACAAUUUUCAAUCAUCAAGGAA